AUGUCAAAUCUACCGCGGCUGCCCAAGGUCCUGCCGUGCGGGCACACGGCCUGCCUGCAGUGCCUGCGCCGGCUGCCCGACAACAGCUGCCCGACGUGCCGCCGGGACUUUAACAGCCCGCCGGAGGAACUCAUCACUAAUUUCUUGGUGCUGAAGUUGUUGGAGGGAGUCAGGCUGGACAGCACUCCCCGCUGCUGGUGCUCGGACUGCCGCACCGCCCCGUCGCCCCGCUGCUGGGAGGACCACGACGUCCUGUCCGUCAAGAGAGCCCUGCGGCGCCAGCUGCAGGACGCGCUGCCGCAGGCCGCCGAACAUCUCAAGGGUCUCCAGGACCAGUUCCGGGUGGAGCAGGCCCUGCCCGCCCUUACCCUGCUGACGGGCGAGUCCUGGGACGUGACGCUGCGGGGCGGCGGCCGGGAGCUGACGGGGACCCUGCGGACCUCCGAGGAGCCCCUCACCAAGGCCCUGUGCCUCCUGCUGGCGGCGAGGGUCGCGCUCACUGAGGACCGAGCUGCUGCGCGGGACCCACCACCUGCAGCUACACCAUUACCACCUGCAGCUGCUCACUCACCUCCUGCCCCUGGACCCACGGGAAAAGGUCCCAAUGGGCCUUCAAGUUUAACAUGGGGCUCUUAUGGAAGAAAAGUCCAAAAAGUGAAAUUUCCCACUAUCGGCUUCACAGUGUUGUAUCUUGGGGUGAUAGUUAUUGGUCUGUUGUAUCUUGGGGUGAUAGUUAUUGGUCGUACUGGUUAA